AUGGCCAUGCCACCCCCCACCCGCCCCUGCCACCUCCUGCCCCUCUCCCUGGGGCUCUUCCAGGGUGCUCUGCUCCUCUUCUUCGCCCUCUUCAUCACCUACGAUGAGCCCUCGGCACGGGCGGAGGAUGCCGACUUGGUGGCCAACCAGCUCUACGGCAUCUUCCCCCUCUUCCAGGACAUCCAGGUGAUGCUGGUGGUGGGGCUGGGGCUCCUGCUGACGUUCCUGCCCCGCUACGGGCUCAGCGUCCUCACCCACAACUUCCUCCUACUCAACUUCUCCACGCAAUGGGCGCUGGUGCUGCAGGGCUUGCUCCAUCACUUCCACCAUGGCCAGGUCCGCCUGGACCUCCGCAACCUCCUCACUGCCGAGUUCGCCGCCGUGACGGUGCUCAUCUCUGUGGGGGCCAUCCUGGGGAGGACCAGCCCCUGCCAGCUCCUCGUCGUGGCUGCCUGCGAAGUCCCCAUCUACCUCGCCAGCGAGUGGGCCGUCGUCACCCGUCUGGGUGUCCUGGAUGUGGGGGGCACCAUCACGAUCCACAUAUUCUCCUGCUAUUUCGGCCUCGGCGUGUCCAAGGCUCUGUUCGGGGCGGCGCGGUGGCUGGUGCACCCCAAGGAGACCCCAACACCCCGUUCUGACCUCCUGUCCCUGGUAGGGACGCUCAUCCUCUGGGUUUUCUGGCCCAGCUUCGUGGCCAUCCUCUGCCAACCAGGAGAUGCCCAGCACCACGCCAUCCUGAACACCCUCCUGGCCAGGAGCGCCAGCGCCGUGACCACCAUGGUGGCCUCCAGCCUGCGGGAGAGGGAUGGCAAGCUCAGCCCCGGCCACCUGCAGAACGGCAGCCUGGCCGGUGGGGUGGCCAUCGGCACGGUGGCUGACAUGGCCAUGCCGCCGGUGGCCGCUCUUGCCCUGGGCAGCCUCUCAGCCGUGGCGUGCAUCCUCGGUUUCAGGUUCCUCACCCCACUCCUGGUGAGGAAGCUCGCGCUCCAGGACCAGUGCGGCAUCCACAACCUCCGUGGCUUGCCUGGCAUCCUCGGUACCGCAGCCAGUGCCGUGGCCAUCCCGGUGGCUUCCGAGGACACCUCCGGGUCCCGCUUCUCCCAGGCGCUGUGCCAGGCGGCGGGGCUGGCAGUGGCCAUCGGCGGCUCGCUGCUCGCCGGGCUGCUUACUGGAGCCGCGCUCCGGCUGCCCUGCCUGGCCCGGCCGCCCGAGCGGCUCUGCUUCGACGACUUGCUGUAUUUUAAGAUCCAGGAUCAGGCCGAGAGCCCGGAGCCGGGCAGCACCGCCGAGGAAGGAGACCUGGCUCUGAAGGAGCGGGUUUAG